UGCCUGUGUCAGAGGGAGUGGCGCUCAUGACAACAGUAAAGUCUUUUCUAUUCAGAAAGGCUUAGCCUACUGUGCUCUUGCUGUGUGAUUUGGCCACAAUUCGCCCUUUCUUUAAUUUCGAGUCUAAGCUGAAGAGCGCAGAAGGAGAAAAACUAACUUUCACCAAUGGCGACGCAGUGUGUGACCAAGGUGGAGCUGACGAUCUCCUGUGAAAACCUCUUGGACAUGGAUGUGGGCUCCAAAUCUGAUCCCUUAUGUGUACUGCAUAUGCAUACAUCUGGGAACCAGUGGUUUGAGGUUGAUCGCACGGAGAGAGUUAAGAACUGCCUGUGUCCAAAAUUUGCCAAGAAGUUUGUCAUCGAUUAUCACUUUGAAGUGGUGCAAAAGCUCAGAUUCAGCCUUUAUGACAUAGACAAUAAAACCAUUGAUUUGAGUGAUGACGAUUUCCUCGGGGAGUUGGAGUGUACCUUGGGUCAGAUUGUUUCCAGUGGGAAGCUGACAAGACCACUCUUAAAGAACAAAAGACCAGCAGGAAAAGGCACCAUUACGAUCAGUGCUGAGGAAAUCAAGGACAAUAGAGUGGUAAAUUUUGAAGCCGAGGCUAGGAAACUGGAUAAAAAGGAUUUCUUUGGGAAGUCAGACCCCUAUCUAGAGUUUUACAGGCAAAUGGAGACGGGAUGGCAGCUUGCUCACAGAACAGAGGUGGUGAAGAACAACCUUAAUCCUACAUGGAGACCUUUCAGAAUCCCUCUACAGUCUCUUUGUGGAGGAGAUAUGGAGAAGCCAAUUAAGGUGGAAUGUUAUGAUUAUGACAAUGAUGGAUCACAUGACCUUAUUGGGAUUUUUGAGACCAACAUGACACGUCUGCAGCAGGCCACACGCGUUUCACCAGCAGAGUUUGACUGUAUUAACAUGAAGAAGAAGCAGAAGAAGAAGAACUAUAAGAACUCUGGUGUUGUGAGUGUGAAAUUUUGCCAGGUUGUGAAGGAGUAUACCUUUCUGGAUUACAUCAUGGGUGGUUGUCAGUUAAAUUUUACUGUUGGAGUGGAUUUCACCGGGUCAAAUGGUGACCCGAGGUCUCCUGACUCUUUGCACUACAUCAGUCCUAAUGGAGUAAACGAAUACCUUUCUGCCAUCUGGUCUGUUGGCUUGGUGAUCCAGGAUUAUGACAGCGACAAAUUGUUCCCAGCUUUUGGUUUUGGAGCUCAGAUCCCACCACACUGGCAGGUGUCUCAUGAGUUCCCUCUCAACUUCAAUCCAUCAAAUCCAUUCUGUUCUGGUGUGGAGGGGUUGGUUGAGGCUUACAGGAUGUGCUUGCCCCAGGUCAAGCUUUAUGGUCCUACAAAUUUUGCUCCCAUAAUCAGACACAUGAGCCAGUUUGCUCAGCAGGCGCUACAGCAGAACACAGCUUCGCAAUAUUUUGUCCUGCUCAUUAUCACGGACGGUGUUAUCACAGACAUGGAUCAUACCCGCGCUGCCAUAGUAGCUGCCUCUCACUUACCCAUGUCCAUCAUCAUUGUGGGUGUUGGGGGGGCUGACUUCACUGACAUGGAGAUCCUGGAUGGGGAUGAUGGGCGCCUGAGGUCUCCAUCUGGAGAGCCUGCUAUACGGGACAUAGUGCAGUUUGUGCCUUACAGAAAGUUCCAGAACGCUCCCAAGGAGGCCCUGGCACAGUCCGUGCUUGCAGAGGUUCCUAAUCAGGUUGUCACCUUCUUUAAUAUGUUGAAGCUCAGCCCUCUCAAUUCCAGAACCCCUGUAGCUGCUGCUGGUGGAACCACAAACUGACCGCAUAGUGCAACUAAGUGCCACUUAUUAAGAGACACCAAAACUUCUGUGCCUAGCAGAAAAAAGGUCCCCCUGCAGAAGCCAUGUAGAUGAAUAUGCAGGGACCAGAAUCUUGCCAGUUUAUUAAACCAAGGACAGUCAUAUCAUUUAGAUACUCAGUAAGUCCACGUUUACACAUAUGUAUAUAUUAUAUAUGUACUCUUGCAGAUUGUAGGUUUUAUUUUUAAGUUGUUUUUAUUUACGUUGAAGAUUGUUUGAUACAUUGUUUCAAGCAGUGCCAUAAUUGUUUUUUUUUUUUUUUUAAUUUAAAUUGAUUACAUUUUUAACUUUGACUGUUAUGAAUGCUGAAAUAAGAUAUCCUAGCUGAAAUGCUUUGAAAUGCUCUGCUUUGAAGUAGGAAUGUGUCCUGCAGUCACCUUAAAUUAAUUGCCAGUUAUAUCGUUACACCAUUUAUCCAUAUAUGUCAUAUUCAUACAUCAGACAAUGUUAACUGCAUGGAGCACAUACAUAUAUAUAGCACAGUAUUUACUGCAGAAUGGGGGUCAAGGUAUGGUGUUUUAGGUACACUGCUGUUUAUGCAUUUUCAUGCUUUUGCGGUUUACAUGCAAGUAGUCCACUAUUGGUGAAAAGGUUCAUCAUUUUACAUACAGUAUAUGUGGUAUCUUUUCCAGGAGAAGGAAAAUCUUUUUUACUUUUAAUGUAAUUUUAAUCACAAGUAAUGUUUAAUAAGUUCUGCUGCUCCAUUUCUCAAGAAAUAUGAACAUAAUUUAAAGACCUUUUAUUUUCAAAUUAAGUAAAAAAAAUGCAAAAAUGACAAAUUGAGAUACAAGGUUUUGUCCCAAUAUCAAUAUACAUAUACUGUAUAUGCAUUGUUUUAUAUGGAAAUAUGAUUUAGUAGAUAUUUGGAUGUGCAGGAGGCUAUGAAAGGAAAUUCAUAAUUCUAAACCGCUAGGACAAUACAGCUGUGUUGAAAUACUGAAAUAUAGUAGGAAACCUAACAUUUUGCUUUGUGCUGUGCCUUGUUUGAACCUUGUUUUUCUUUGUGGAAUUCAUAUCUAUUUGUGUAAUACACACUCUCCUUUGACUUUUAAUCUGUUAGUUUUCAGUCUUUGCUGUCUAACAUUCGAAAACACCUAGUCACCUUCAAACGGUGUGUGCAGGCUUGCCCUUCCAAUUUGUUUUCCUGACAAGAGCAGCAAAAGUUGUCUUUUAAAUAUGAACAUCAGUGUACAAAACCUUACUAUGCAUAUUCCAAACCAAAGAUAAUUCUUUAGAAAUGUAUGUCUGUGUAUUUCUUUGUAUUAGAGUCAAUGAUUUUAGAGUUAUAUAUGCAAUCCAGAUGACAGUAUUACUAAAAUCAGACAGAAAUUCAUGGAAAAUAAUCUGUCUGUAACUAUGAUUUUUUUUUUUAGAAAAAAUAUAUUAAGUUUUGAAAAAUGGAGUUUGGCUUAAAGUAGUGCAUCAGUUGUACAGCAAGCAGUAUAAGCUAACAUAAUGGCAGCAUGUAAAUUCCUGUAAUGGACAUGUGACAACAAGCAUGACGUAAGCAUGUUUUCCUAGUUACAUUCCAUGUGGCUUAAUAUAAUAAACAGUUUAUCUCUUAA